CACUUAAUUCCUUCCAGCAGCGACUCAGUGACCAAUUGGGCUUUCUGGAACAUCAGUAGAAAUGGCUUCAUUCAACAACCAGCAGCAGUGCAAACAGGCAACCACUUUGCCACCUGCACUGUGCAAAACAGCACCAGUACCAUUGCCAUGCCCUCAGCCAACACCAUGUCCUCAGGAGAAGCCUCCCUGCAAGGAGACACCAGUAGUGGUCGUCCCAACUCCUUGCCUUCAGCCAACACCAUGUCCUCAGCAAAAGCAGCCAUGUAAGGAGCCACCAGUAGUGAUUUGUCCAACUCCUUGCCCUCAGCCAACACCAUGUGAAGAGAAGCCUCCAUGCCAUGAGACACCAGUAGUGGUCAUCCCAACUCCUUGCCCUCAGCCAACACCAUGUCAAGAGAAGCCUCCUUGCAAGAAGCCACCAGUAGUGGUCGUCCCAACUCCAUGCCCUCAGCCAACGCCAUGUGAAGAGAAGCCUCCCUGCAAGGAGACACCAGUAGUGGUCGUCCCAACUCCAUGCCCUCAGCCAACACCGUGUCCUCAGCAGAAGCAGCCAUGUAAGGAGCCACCAGUAGUGAUUUGUCCAACUCCUUGCCCUCAGCCAACACCAUGUGAAGAGAAGCCUCCAUGCCAUGAGACACCAGUAGUGGUCGUCCCAACUCCAUGCCUUCAGCCAACACCAUGUCAAGAAAAGCCUCCUUGUAAGGAGCCACCAGUAGUGGUUGUCCCAACUCCUUGCCCUCAGCCAACACCGUGUCCUCAGCAAAAGCAGCCAUGUAAGGAGCCACCAGUAGUGAUUUGUCCAACUCCUUGCCCUCAGCCAACACCAUGUGAAGAGAAGCCUCCAUGCAAGGAGACACCAGUAGUGGUCAUCCCAACUCCUUGCCCUCAGCCAACACCAUGUCAAGAGAAGCCUCCUUGCAAGAAGCCACCAGUAGUGAUUUGUCCAACUCCUUGCCCUCAGCCAACACCAUGUGAAGAGAAGCCUCCAUGCAAGGAGACACCAGUAGUGGUCGUCCCAACUCCUUGCCCUCAGCCAACACCAUGUCAAGAGAAGCCUCCAUGCAAGGAGCCACCAAUAGUGGUCGUCCCAACUCCAUGCCCAGAGAUGCAGCCUCCCUGCAAGGAGCCAACCACUGUCCCAUGUUGCCCACCUGAGGCAAAAUGCCCACCCCCUUGCGAUCAACAGCAGAAGAAGCAACCUUGCCAGUGGCCUCCCCAGCAGAAGUAAGCAAGCAUGAGAGAAAAAAAUAACAGUGGCGCAGGAAGCCAGCAUGAACAACACAUCCAGCUCACAACCUGCAGCUUUCAAUAUACCUCAUCCUUUUUGUUUAUUUAAAUUCCUUUAAAAAACCCUUCUGUUAAUAUAUUUCCCAUGUUGUUCUCCAUAUGAUAAUAGUAGUAAACAGCAUAACUGCCACCAGAAAGUUCCAUUUACAUUGCUUCAAGAGGAAGUGUUUUGGAAUUAGGCUGUCAAAUUUGGCUUUUGGUGGAAAUGCAAAGAGUUCUUAGUUUCUUCCUUCUUGGGGCUGGCCCUGGUGGACGCCUCAGAUGGCGGAAGUUCCUCCCAUCUCCCCUGAUUUACCCAAUCUAGCACGGUACUCUCUUCUGUGACGGAGGACAUUGUCCUGUUGUCGGUACCGAAGUAAAAUUCAGCUGUUAGUUUGAUUGGAUUCUGUACAAGGGAUAGGAAAAGCCACUU